AUCACAACACUAAAGAUAAGAUAGGCUAACGGUAAGCUGCCGCGAUAGUGAAGGCUUGAGAGUUAUACACCUCAGGUUCGAAUCCAAGUGAAACCCGUUGAAUGCGAAAAGCCACAAAUUUAAUAAGACCCACUGUUACAAAGUGGCACGUGAGGCAGAGAUAUGUACGGUAGCACAAGUGGAGCUCACGUGAAGUAUGGUAGGGCGAGCAUCACAGAAUAACAAGUGGCCAGCUAUUAGCAAGCUGGGCGCCCCGGAGUUUGAGUUCCUCAGCCUGCCCGCCGGUUUUCUUGGUUGGCUUGGCUGGCUCGCCAUUGCCUCGUACCAGCAUCAAACAUAAAGAACUCCGCUAACCUUCCUGCCAAAAAUUUUAUUUUCAUUUUAAUCUAUUAAAUAUUGGAAUUUCCAUUUCCGUUUGCUUCAUUGCUUUUAUAAAACGCAUUUCUCCUCAGCUUACCUAUCCUCGCAGCCGCAACAGCACAGUUCCUUUCUCCCCCUCGUUUUUUUGCUCCUUCGCCAUCACCAACCGACGUCUCCUGAUUCCAGUUGACUCUCCUGGGAAGGUGCUUUCCAGGGUUUUAGGCUGCUGUGCCCGGCCACCAAACAAGAAGAAUGGCUUUCUCCAGUCUCGUCAGAUCCGCCGCCGCACCUCUCGCCGAUGCGGCUUCCCGAUCCACCCUCUCCCCUUCCUUCUCCUGCGAUCGGUUCAAGGUUUCUAGCGUUGGCUUCUCUUCAAAGGGCGUCUUCGGUACCCCGGUUCCAACUACCUCUUCUUCAUUCCAGACUCGCAGUGCAAGAAGUAUUCGGCCCAUCAAGGCCACAGCUACUGAAAUUCCUCCCACUGUUCUGAAAUCGCGGACUGCCGGGAAGACAAAGAUUGGGAUCAAUGGGUUUGGCCGAAUAGGAAGAUUGGUUUUGCGUAUUGCCACGUCUAGGGACGAUGUGGAAGUUGUGGCAGUCAAUGAUCCUUUCAUUGAUGCUAAGUACAUGGCUUACAUGCUCAAGUAUGAUUCUACUCAUGGAGUUUUCAACGGAUCCAUCAGUGUUGUGGAUGAGUCUACCUUGGAAAUAAAUGGAAAGCAACUCAAAAUCUCUAGUAAGAGGGACCCUGCAGAUAUCCCAUGGGGGGAUUAUGGGGCUGAAUAUGUAGUUGAAUCUUCUGGUGUCUUCACAACUAUUGACAAGGCUGCAUCUCACAAAAAGGGAGGUGCUAAGAAAGUGGUCAUAUCAGCUCCCUCCGCUGAUGCACCAAUGUUUGUGGUUGGAGUAAAUGAGAAGACAUACCAGCCUAACAUGGAUGUUGUUUCUAAUGCCAGCUGCACGACAAACUGUCUUGCUCCUCUUGCCAAGGUUGUUCAUGAGGAGUUUGGUAUUCUUGAAGGGCUAAUGACAACUGUACAUGCAACUACAGCAACCCAAAAGACAGUAGAUGGUCCGUCGAUGAAAGAUUGGCGUGGGGGCCGUGGAGCUGGUCAAAAUAUCAUUCCCAGUUCUACUGGUGCAGCAAAGGCUGUUGGAAAGGUACUUCCAGAGCUCAACGGAAAGCUUACUGGAAUGGCUUUCCGUGUACCAACACCUAAUGUCUCUGUUGUGGACUUGACUUGUCGGCUUGAGAAGGGUGCGUCAUAUGAAGAUGUGAAAGCUGCUAUUAAGUAUGCAUCUGAGGGGCCAUUGAAGGGCAUUCUUGGAUAUACUGAUGAGGAUGUCGUUUCCAAUGAUUUUGUUGGUGACUCAAGAUCAAGUAUAUUCGAUGCGAAGGCUGGGAUAGGGUUGAGCAAUUCCUUCAUGAAGCUGGUGUCUUGGUACGACAAUGAGUGGGGAUACAGCAACCGUGUGCUGGACCUCAUAGAGCACAUGGCAAUGGUGGCAGCACAGAAGUGAGAUGGUGUUAGAGAGGGGAGCUUCUCUGCUGCAAUUGCUCAUGCUGCCAUGUUGGUCGAGAAGGAUAGUAGUUUGGAAUUUGGUAGUUGUUUUUUUUCCCUUUCCCCUGUUGGCGUGAGAGUUUUCUUUUUGUUGUUGAUUUGAAUGUCAAAAGGCAAGAAUAAUUGUGUUGAAUUGAACACAUUGACGUCAGCCAAGUUAGGACUGGCACGUACCCUCUCGAUGUAGGAGAAAUGGAGAAUUGAAGCAUGGUGAACUGAGUGGCCUUGCUUCGGUCUAGUUUGCUCUACAACUUAUAUUAUUAUAUGUAGGGGUGUCAAAUCGGUUUUGGGUUUUUGGUUUAACCCGAACCGAUAGUGAGGCUUGUCGGGUUCGGGUUCUCGGUUUCAGCUCUCAAGCGGUUUUUCCGGUUUCGGUUUCAGUGGAAUUCGAAAAACCGAUAUGGACUCGAAUGACUCGAAAUUUUACACGGUGACGUUUUGGUUUCUUUUUGUGGAUCCCCUUCACUUCUCAUUUCUCAAUGGACAAUCUCUUUGCCAACCGUACCCUGAAGCGCAGCCGCACACAUCGCGAACCCUACCUGCAGGCCGCAGCGCUUCGCCAUUCCUUCGUCGGCGAACUCUUCCUUCCCCUCAAUAUCGAAGCUUUCCCAAUCACUGCAUAUGGGUAGUGCAACCCUUCUUCGAUAUUGUUUUAGGGUUUCCUGGCUUCAUCAAUUGCUCACCUGGAUUCAUCGCCUCAGUUUCUGGCUUCAUCGAUUUCUCCCCUUCAAUCUUCAUUGAUUCGAAAUCAAGCAGCUCCUGUUACUCUGUUUUCUAACCUCGGCUAUGGCUUCCCAAAAGUAUUAAUAAUGAACUAAUAUUUUAAUAAUAAACUAAUGGUGGCGUCUUCGGUGCACUCACUUUUUUGGGUGCAUUCAGUGCACUCGCUUCAUAAUCGUCAUUUAAAACAUGAGAUUUAUGUCAAAAUGAUGUCAAUCAUCACUUAUGUUGUGAUGAACAAUAACGCACAUGAAUUUGCACAAAAACCAUGAAAGAUUUGCUUUAAUUUGAAGGAUUUAGAGUUUAAAGAUCUAGGGUUAGGGUUUACAGUUUGGGGUUUAGUGAUAGAACUCAAAAUUGGAGGUCUAGGGCUUAGGGUAAUCCGCUAAUUAGUUGUUAUUAUAUGUUAUAUCAUCAUAUUAUACUAAUUCUACAAAUUAAAAUUCAAAAUCCGACUCCUUAAGACUAGUUUUUGAGUUGGGUGCACUGAACGCACUCAUUUUUGUGAGUGCGCCGAAGUAGUCACCAUAAACUAAUAUAUACUAUUAAUUUUAUAUUGUCCACGUCCCAUAAAUUUAAACAUAAUAUUUUAAUAAGAAUAAAAUUGUUUGUACAAGCAAAAGAAUCUAUAGUUCAAAUAAAAAAAGUAAAAAAAAAAUCACAACGGUUCGGUUUCGGGUUCACCCGACCCGAUCCGAAACCGCCAGCAUAUUUUUCGGGUUUCUGUACCCGAAACCCGCAAGGUAUAUGUUCGGGUUCGGUUUGUGUGGUCUCGGUUUUGGUUUUUUGGGUUUUCCCGGGUUUCAAGUUCGGCUACCCGAACCGACAGGCCUAAUUAUAUGAAAUGCCAGUCUAAUUCAGGAGCUUAAUUUAUUCACGUUACUAUAUUUGGGCCCGGCCAUUGGCGGAUGAAUCACAUCAAUAUAUACAAAAUAAUAAUAGUUAUUAUUUGAAUAAUUUAUUUAAUAUUAUAAAAAGAAUGCAGGUUAUUCAAUUACUAAAAAUAUAAGAAAAACAAUAUGCAUCAAAGUUUAAACAAUAAAACUCAUGCAAGUAACUAAUUCCUAAAAACUUAAUAUUAAAACGCACUUUAAUUUUCUCUUUGAUGUUACAUGUUACAAAAAACUAAAUUUUCUUUUGGAUUUAUUUUUAUAUUCAUCAUCAAUAGUCUCAUCCUUCUUCUCUUGUAUUUCAUCGAAAAACCAAAUUUUAAUGAUAAAAUGUUUUGAACUGU